AUGCAGAAUCUGACUGAAUUUCCAGCCAAUGCAACAUCCCACAAAAGCCUGUCUGUUAUAAUCAAGGUGUGUGCGGUUAUCCCAUUCUUCUGUGUCUUCCUCUGCUGCAUAGCUGUCAUGCUCCACAUCUUUGCAUCUCACAGGCACUUUCUGGACACCACACGCUACAUCUUGUUUGCCUACAUGAUGGUGAAUGACACUCUUCAGCUCCUGUCCUCUGUGCUGCUCUUCCUCUUUGUCAUGGGCCAGGUGAAAUUUGCCAUUGUCUACUGUGCACCUCUGCUUUUCGUAUCCACCGCCACUUUCCAGAACACACCCUUAAUCCUGGCCACCAUGUCACUGGAACGCUAUGUUGCCAUAUUCUAUCCCCUCCAAUGCCCGGCUGCCUGGCGCUCAGACCGCAUCUGGAUCAUUAUACUGUCUCUGUGGUUCAUUAGCUGCAUCUCCCCUGUCAUUGACUUCUCUAUCGGGAAACAUGACCCUGCUGUGGAUGUCCUCUCUACCCCUGUGCUCUGCAAAAAUGUUGUUGUUAAUUCAUCUCCAAUCCAGACACUAUUCAAAGCUGCUGUGAGUGUGCUCUUCUUUGCAGUUGUGGCUGUCAUAAUCCUCUUCACCUAUGUGAGAAUCCUGCUGGAAACAAGAAAGAUGAGACAGGACAGAGUGUCUGUGAACAAAGCCAUGCACACUGUGCUGCUGCAUGGCUUUCAGUUGUUGCUGAGCAUGUUGGCCUACACUAACAUCAUCACUGAAAGUCUCAUAGUGCUGCAUGCCAACUGGCGACCAGAAGACAUUGCUUUUUUUAAUUACUUCAGUUUCAUCCUUAUUCCACGCUUUCUCAGCCCGCUCAUCUAUGGUUUUCGAGAUCAGAGCCUCAGGGGCCACAUUAGGAAAACUUUCCUCUGCUGCUCAACCAAGGUCAAACCCUUUGUCAGAGGCUGCACGACUGCUUUUUAA